GAGAAGCUGGAGCUCCUCAGUCAGCGAUGGACGGAUGUUGCACGUGGCGCUCAGCAGCCCGCCAUUUCUGAGUCUCUCCUGUUUCUUCAGAGUCCCUCUCAUUUUCCCAGCGGAUACUGUUAUGGUCUCCAGCUGAGGCCUUUCAGUGCACCUCUUGUAGUAUCUGGUGGGCCUUACAACAUCAGUGAGAAUCCUUCAUACAGGCCACAGUCAUGACCUGCGACCUCCCAGUGUGCCGCACCUCGUGCCAUCUCAGUGUGUCAGGCGGUCCUUCAUUCCCCCACAGCGGGAGAGCCGUGGAGCGAGACGAGUGAGGCACCCCAAAAUGAGGCCGGGGGUCCUGCUGGUACCCCGGUCGCUCAUCACCAUGUGGCCCCGGAGGGCAGGAGGCACCAUCCGACUGAUGUUAAGCAAAAGAGGGAAAUGGUUGGAAAUGGAAUCCCAGGGGGAGUGACAGCUAUUGUCAGACAUGUCAGGCGGAAGAGACUUCAAGCAGUACCAGCAGGCCUCUGUGGUUUGCCCUGCAGCGAACACACCGCAGUCUUUAUGCAACUGCAGAGAGUUCACUUUUCUUUGUACAUUGGAGUACCAUGAAUAUUCAUGUGCAGGGGAUAAGCUCUUCACAUGAAGGGUAGAGGCAUGUGAACUGCCGGCACUGAGAUUCAUGCAGGGCAAAUCUGGAGCAGACCACCUCCUUGUUACUGUCAGAUAGGUGGAUGUGUGUUUGUGCAUAAUCGUGUGAUCCGUAUGUUUACAUUCCAUGUAAGUUUUUUGAGUUUGUGUGUACGUGUGUGAAUGUGUGAAGAAACAGAAAGAGACACAAGAACAGAGAAGAACAGUGUCACUCUAUUGUUAUGGUAGUUUUCCAUAUCCUAUCUGUCUCACUUCCUAAGCAAGUGCUGCAUCUCACGUGAUGGCAAUCUGUAAUCUAGACCCUGAUGACAGCAGGGGACUAAAACUCUCACAAAGAAAACAAAGUUAGCCCAAGUCCUGAACUGGCUUAUAAUAGUUCAAGUCCCUUCACCCUGCUCCACUCUUUUGCUGCAGCCUGAUAUAGAUUCCACCAGCCAUCGCUUGCCUUGGGUUUGGUUUCUCUCUUGCUGUGAGGUCAGAUCUUCAUCUUUUCCAUAGAUUACAGUGCGAUACCUGAGAGCUUUUAUGGCCAUGCACUGGUGGCCAACAUUACUAGUCCACAGGAAAGUCCAAAGCUGCUGAAACCCUUGCCCGACCCAGUGGAGUCCUGGCUACAGAUUCUCACCAGAUCCUGCAGACCUGGCUGGUAUCCUCCGUGGCCUCCAUGAAUAAAGAUACAAAGAAGUGGCUGGAUGACUUCUUCCAUGCCAUCUAACUGUCCUCUGAGGGACCAUGCAGUCAUCGAGUGCACUUACACCGCUGUUCAUCUGCACUUGCACUCAAGAGGAUGCGGCUAGGGCGGACCAAAGGGAGCAAGACCUGAGUAGAGAUGAGCAGCAGUGGUCGAUCCGAUCCCAAGGCAGGCGUGAGCGAGCGGAGGCGGGACAUAGCAUCUCGGUGGGAGCUGGUAAGAUGGUAUGUCCAGGAGGGGAGAUUCAAGAUGGAAUCACGCACACUGGCGGCCUUCCAGUGGAUCUACUCUCCACCCCAGCAUCGCAUCGCUGGCCGAUCAGAGAGGGAGCCUCCACACAGGGUUGACAAGUCCACCAUCAGUGCCCUGAGGUCCAGAAGGGACUCCGAGGGCAAGCUCACCGCCAUGUCCAGCACUACCAGCAGAGUGAGUUCCAGGAGAGCCGGCAUCCGGGCAGCUGCUGUGCUCAUUGGACUCCUGCAUAAGUCACGGAAACGGAGAGAGAGGGAGAAGGAAGCCAGAGAGCAGGAAGAACAGUGGAAGCAGGAGAUGCUGAACAUCUCCAAUGCACCCCUGGGAGAUUACCCUCCCUCCCCUCCUCGUACUGCCCCACCCACCAUGAAGUCAACAGAUUUCUUUGACGGACUGGAAAGGAUGGAGAACAACAUCACCCUCAACCCCAGGAUAGAGGAGGUCCUGGAGAAGGGUGAUCCUUACCCUCAGGUGAUCCUUCCCCAGUUUGGGGGCUACUGGAUAGAGGAUGCAGAAACCACAGUAUUCACUCCAACCUCCACCGACAGCAGCUUCUAUGAGGAUGAUGACAGCGACGGUGUGAGCCCUGGGGGUAGCAGGGGCUUCAAGCUAGAGGACAACAGUGCAGCGAGGGCCUAUCGCAAGCACUUUUUGGGCAGAGAGCACCUGAAUUUUUAUGGAACAGCCAGUACCCUGGGCAACCUGGUCCUCUCUCUGAAGCAUGAGGAGGCGGAGGGCCAGGAGCACCUGCGCAUCAUACUCAGGUCUAGGAUGAAGACACUCCAUGACAGAAUCUCUCUGGCAGGACUGACACAAUUGCCCAGCAUCCCUGAGAUUGCCAAGCUGCUGUGUGAUGAUGUAACAGGCCUAAAAUUUAGUCCAGUCCUGUAUCCUCGGGGUUCUCAGUUGAUUGUGAGCUAUGAUGAACAUGAAGUCAGCAACACUUUCAAGUUUGGUGUAGUUUACCAGAAGUUUCAUCAGAUUUCAGAAGAAGAGCUGUUUGGGAACAAUGAGGAGACACCUGCCUUCCAGGAGUUCCUAGAGCUUCUGGGAGACUGUAUUGAGCUCCAAGACUUCAAAGGCUUCCGAGGUGGUCUUGACGUCUCCCAUGGCCAAACAGGUUCACAUUCCGUCUACACGAUCUUCAAGGACAGGGAGAUCAUGUUUCAUGUCUCCACCAAGUUGCCCUUCACGGAAGGGGACACACAGCAGCUUCAGAGGAAGCGACACAUUGGAAAUGAUAUUGUGGCAGUCAUCUUCCAGGAAAAGGCCACACCUUUUGUCCCGGACAUGAUCGCUUCCAAUUUCCUUCAUGCUUACAUCCUAGUACAAGUGGAAAAUCCUGGCACAGAGCACAUUACAUACAAGGUAUCCGUCACUGCACGAGAGGAUGUCCCACCCUUUGGACCACCUCUCCCAAACCCAUCCAUUUUCAAGAAGGGCCCAGAGUUCCGGGAAUUCCUGCUCACCAAACUAAUCAACGCAGAGGUGGCCUGCUACAAGGCAGACCGCUUUGCUAAAUUGGAGGGGCGGACUCGGGCAGCACUUCUGGACAACCUUCACGAUGAACUGCACAAGCAGACGCAGGCAAUACUGGGGCUGGGGACAGGAUCUGGCUCAGAUGAUGACAAGAUGGAAAACGGGAGCCAUGGUGGCCUGCUUGAGUCCCUCAAGCGGGCAGUGCGAGUGCGGAGUCACUCCAUGGAGACAGUUGGUGUGUCGCAUCGUCACCGGAGCCCUGCAGGGGUCCCCGCAAGUCUGAGCGGGGGAGUACUCCCCCAGAACAGUACAGACUGCUCCAAGAGCACAGUCAUGGUGAGAAGACUGAAUAAGGGCCAGUGGACAUCCGAAGGAGACAGUACCCCUGGAGCAGCCAAGUCCCCAGUGAAGAGCCCAGUGAAGCGGCGAUCUGGAUUCUUCCGUCUUCACUCCUGCACAGAUGGACAGGCAGACAGGCAGUCACGCAGUGACUUAAAGAUGUCUGAAAGCAGCAGCCUUGCUCAGGAAGUAAAAUCAGAGACAUCAUCCAACCCGAGCUCACCAGAGAUCUACCCCAGCAAAGACGGGCUCUCUGUUAAGCUAAGGGACAGCAGCUGUGGCAGUGGUGGUCAGCACAACAUCUCCCGCUCCUCCUCCAGCACGAGCAGCUUCAGCAGUGCUGCUGGAGAAGGAGAGAUGCUGGAAGAGGUGGACAUGAACUGUCAGCCCUCUAUGGCUUAUCCGCCAGUGUAUAGCCCCUCCUUCAGUGUAGAGGGACAGACUUGUGGGACACCAGUUAUCAUGUGUCGCAGCCCCACAGAUGGAAAGAGCAGGACAUCCCCAUCCUCCAAGUGCAACCUGAAGUUCCGCUUUGACAAGCUGAACCCCUCCCCUGCAGUAAGUGGUGCUGUGGGUGGACAGCCUCUGCCCUUGUGUUUGGCACCAUGUAAUCUACUGUCUUCCUGUCAGGGACACUAGUGAGGGGAGGACAGGGGAACCAGCAGGAACACUGUGUGAAGACUCAGCAGGACAACUCUGUUGUGGUGGACAUGACAUAGAAGAGAAUGGAAAGAACUGAUAUUUACCCACUGUACAUCAUCACUAUGUUUAAAUUCUCUGGUCUGAAUCAGACUUGCUGAGGAAACUGAAACUGAGUCUCAAAACAAAAUGUGUAGCAAUGGACACAGGAAAGUGACUACACCACUAUUCAAGACAAAUCUGAAAUCAGUGUGGAGGGAAAUAGUACAGAAGAUAAGAAUGAAAAUGAGUUCCUGUUCUUUGUCAUUGUAGAAAACUGCCCCCACUGUAUGCCACUGCACAUAAUCAUAAAAACACACAAAUGCAGUUAUGUAAGUACUUGAGCAAUCACAACUAGACAUCACUGAAGUCCAGUUCAUCACAGAGAGGUGAAAACUCUCCACAUAUUCAAUGAAAAUGUGAAAAAGUGAAAGUGCUCUCAUUCAUUGGACCAGAAUUAGCCAACUCAGUGGCAGUCUGGAGUUGAGUCAUUUAGGUUACACUGCUCCAGAGGUAGCAGUCCCUCAGAGUGCAAUGGGCACUGAACACACUUGUUUUCUUUGCGGGACAAACAAAGUAGUGUGAUUCGCUGCAUAAACUGGGAUCCAAAGGCUGUAGUCGAAGCAUGCAUAUUUUACAAAGCUGUACCUCAGCUGACAUGGUUAAAGUCAAAGAUUUUUCUGAAACAUCCACCAUGUGACUGAUGGUCAAACCUGAAAAGCCAGUUAAUUAGCCAUAUAUAAUUUAAGUAACUUCUGAGAGAUAAAUGUAUUUUUUUAUAUAUUGAUAUGGGCUUUUUUAGUGUGAAGCCCCAUCAUACCUUCCCCAAGAAGAAUACAGCUGAAAAUAUUAAUUUAUCCAAUUUAUGAAAUUAAACUUUAUACAGACAAAAAGGACUAAGUAAAUCAAACAAAAUGUAGCUUUAAUAAACCACAUCGUAGGUACAACUCUGUAGGACACAAUGGCUGCAGCCUCCAGGUGGUGGAACCUUUGGCUCAAACUCCUGCUUCUUAGUGGAAUUAUAAGUGAUGCAAACCAUUCUGCUGACUGUGUUGGGCCUGAAAUAUUCUUCAAGAUCUAGAUACUUUAGAGAUGGAUAAAAGAAAAAAAAAUAUCUUUGUGUCUUAUAGUUUAUAGAGUUUCUGGGCCUGACUCCUAUAUUGAUAUUUUUUAAUAAUA